GAGACACACCAGUCACCUUGCGAGUGUCAUGGUAGAAGAACGCUCUCUCUCCGUUCGCCUCCCUCGCCCCCGGACGUCUAUGCGCGCGUGUGAGUGACUUGUGCGCGCCGUAUGAGUGUGUGUGCGGGACAGUGUUGCAGAGGAAAAAAACAACAACAAAAUAAUCAAAACACAAGAAAACAAAAUCGAAGACAGCAACAAUAGAAUAAACGAACGAACUAAGCUAAAAACCUGGUAGACAGGUAGACGGGUAGAGAGGGCGGGAGAGGCCCGACGAGGAGUCAAGUGUGUUGGAGACUGCAACGCGUGUUCCACCAUGCCGUCCUACUCCUAUAAAGUCAAUGACCCCAUCAGCCCCAUCUCCUACAAGCAGCGCCACGGCGGCAGCGGGAGCAGCGGCGGCGUCGGCGGCGGCGGCGGCGGCGGCGGCGGCGGAGGAAUGUCGGAGCCGCGCGCCUCUCACCAGAACGGACACACGUCGAGCAGCGCCAACGGCCAGGACGAGCGCUGGCGCCAGAACUACGUGCCGACACCCUAUGAGCCAUACAAGGCGACCUCCCCGAGUCCCGGCGUGGCGAAGGUCGAGACCGGAGGCGGAGGCGUGGAGGACGAGGAGCGCGGCCACUGGGGAUCCAAGGCCGAGUUCCUGCUUUCCUGCAUCGGUCUCUCCGUCGGCAUCGGCAACGUGUGGCGGUUCCCCUACCUGGCGUACGAAAAUGGCGGCGCUGCGUUCCUGUUCCCGUACAUCAUCCUCCUCGUCCUGAUCGGAAAGCCCAUGUAUCUGAUGGAGACGGCGCUCGGACAGUACUCACAGCUCGGGCCCAUGAACGUGUGGCGCUGUGCCCCCGUCAUGCAAGGCGUCGGCGUCGCUAUGGUUAUCCUGUCUCUCAUCACAGCCAUCUACUACAACCAGCUCAUGGCCUACACGCUCUUCUACAUGUUCGACUGUUUCGCCUCCGAUGUGCCGUGGGCGACCUGCGACGCCGAUUGGGCGGACGAUAACUGCUUCGCCGUGGGCGGCAUCUACCCGUGCGCGCGCUACAACCUCACCGGCCCCACGGACACCAUCAACUGCACGCUCAAGAACGAGUCGUCGGCCGUGCAGUUCUGGGAGAGAGGAGUCCUUAACAUCGACAAGUCAGGGUUGAAGGAAUUUGGCCAGAUCGGAGACAUCCAGGUGAAGCUGACCCUUUACCUGCUCCUGUCGUGGGUCAUCGUGUUCCUGUGCCUCAUGAAGGGCAUCAAGUCGUCCGGCAAGGUCGUCUACUUCACCGCCACCUUCCCCUACAUCAUCCUCAUCGCUCUGCUCAUCGUCGGCGUCAUGCUCGAGGGCGCGUCCAAGGGCCUGACGUUCCUAUUCGUGCCCAAGUGGGAGAAGAUCCUGGACGUGCACGUGUGGCGGAAGGCGGCCGAGCAGAUGUUCUUCUCCCUGUCCGUGUCGUGGGGAGGACUCAUCAUGUUCGGAUCCUACAACAAGUUCCGCAACAAGGUGCACAUCGACGCCUUCAUCGUGUCUUCGCUGGACUUCGUGACUUCGCUCAUUGCCGCCACAGCCAUCUUUUCCGUGCUGGGAGCCAUGGCGCAUGAUCUCGGCGUUGACAUCGAGGACGUGGCGGCCAGCGGUCCCGGCCUCGCCUUCAUCGCGUACCCGGAGGCCAUCUCGCGCACGCUCCCCUUCCCGCAGAUGUGGGCGUCGCUCUUCUUCUUCAUGCUGUUCACACUCGGCUUGGACUCCGAGUUUGCACUCCUGGAAACGGUGCUGACGGCCCUGUACGACACCUUCCCGAGCACACGCAACCAGAAGCUCAAGCUGACUGCCCUGCUGUGCGUGUCGUGCUUCCUGAUGGGCAUCCCGAUGUGCGCCACCAUGGGCCAGUACAUCUUCUACCUGGUGGACAGCUUCGGCGGCGGCGUCGGCGUGCUACUGAUCGCCAUCCUGGAGCUGGUCGGCCUGCACUGGGUGUACGGCGUGCGCAGGUUCAGCGAAGAUCUCAAGUUCAUGCUGGGGUACAACCCGUCCAUGUUCUGGAAAGUCUGCUGGGUAUUCAUCGCGCCCGUCACGCUUAUUCUCAUGUUCAUCUACUCGGCUGUCACGUGGACCAACCCGAAGUACGGCGACGUCGAGUACCCCGACUGGGCGAUCGCCAUCGGCUGGUUCCUCGCCGCUGUGUCCGUGGGCAUGAUCCCCCUCGUCUUCAUCUACGUCGUGCUGAAGAGGCUCUUCACUGGGAACAUCCAUCGAGUGUUCGCUCCCGCCGACAACUGGGGCCCCGGCGACCGCGAAGCCCGCCAGGAGCUACUGGCCCUCAAGCACGGUAUCAACAUGAACGAGACCAAAUUCGGCAUCGACAACCCCGCGAUGGAUCCACGAUACUAUCCUCAGUAAUUUGGGAAAAAGAUGUUAGAAGAAAAUGGAUUUUAGAGUCACUUUUAACAAAUCAUUUGAUACUAGAUUGUUUUCUUCACGAUUUCGACUUGCGUGUGAGGUGUAGGCCUAGUUGAAGGAUGCCCCAGCCUAGAUUGAUUGAAGGGUUUUAGCAUUAUAACCAUGAAAAAAAGUAUGACGUUGUGAAUGAAUCGUUAAGAUUUUGCACCUUGGAUAUAUCAUGUUGGGAGCCAAGCAGACAGGAAUGUCUGCUUUAUCUACACGAAUCAAACUCUUCAACGCUUAUUCAACCUCUACUUUUGUUUAAUGACAUAUUCUGAUACGGUCUCUCCCAAACUGUCCCACUAUAGGUUAUAAUAAACUCUUAUAAGAACUCUAGAACCUCACGUUACUUAUAUUAUACUUAUAUUCCCCUGUAGUCAGACACCAACACACAUUCUCUCACAUCCACGCCUUCCUCUUGUUCCCCCCUCCACACUCAUAUUAUUUUCUUAAGUGAAACCUACUAUUCGCACAUUUUCCGCGAAGCUCAAGUACAGUGUCAGGUCUUCCGUCCCCCCCCCCCCUUUUAGUAUGAGUGAAAUUACAUCAAUACAGGGCCUUUAACGAUUGAAAAUAUGACCUUUAAUUCCAAGAAAUUUAUUUUUUAUCUUAAACAGUGAUAUGUUCUAAAUUUGGUAUUAGAGAAAACUGUAAAUAUUUUGAUAAAUGAUGACCUUACGUUUCAUACGAUUUUUUUCCAGGAAAGAAUAUCGUCAACAAUAUGUGUAUAUAUAUAUAUAUAUAUAUAUAUAUAUAUAUAUAUAUAUAUAUGUGUGUGUAUAUGUAUAUAUAUAUGCAUGUAUGUAUGAAUGUAUAUGUUAAGGUCCACAGUAUUAUAACACUGAAUAUUAUCAUCCGUCCACUGCUGUAGCUAAAAUUAUAUCUUUAAGAUUGAAAAAACAAAGUAAAGAGCAAACCAUCUCCAUGGAUUUAAACUGUAUUGUAGAAAAAAAAAAAAUCUUCAACAAAUCUGACGAGAGAUCUGUACACUUCUUUGCCCACAUUAAUGGCCUGUUUUAUCCAAAGAGGGAAAUCGUCUUUCAAAUGUGUUUUUCAUUCUGUCAUUUCUGUCAUAAUACCCUUAUCACUGUUAGGGAAGGAACAAGGGCAGAAAUUUGACUUUAAAUUGGAAUUCACAUUUUUUAUCCAUGAUUACAAGAUCUUGGACGUUUGCCUUUGAACAUGAAAAAAAACCCAUUAGGAUUGAGAUACCUAUAUGAGUAUCAAAAUAUUGCUCUGUAUAUAAAAAGUAGUUUUAAGAAUAUAUUUUUAAAUAUUUCAUGAUAUUACGUAAGUGAUAAAUAUUUGUAUAUGGUCACAGUCUAUACAUCUAAGGUAUCUUAGAUUUUAGCAUUAGAUAUUUUUUCAUUAGAAUUGAUAUUACGCGUUUGUUAUCUGUAGAUAUAUUAUUGAUUUCUGACAUGGCGAUUUUCAGCAAAGUCGAUUCAUACCUAUUUGUAAAGAACACUGAUGUUAAAUUAGAAAACAAUGUGCAGUAGAUCUGCGCUGCACGAUACACACACACACACACACACACACACACACACACACACACACACACACACACACACACACACACACACACACACACACACACACAUAUAUAUGGACUAGGAAAAUGGAGAGUCAGUUAAUAAGCUUCUUUUUUCACAUAUUAUUGGUGAGAAAGUUGAAUUCCUUACACAAUUAUUUUAUCUUUGGGAAUAUUGGCCUUAUGCAUCGUACCUAAUAGUCAUUGAUAAUAAUCAACAGGACAUUAUUAUGAACUCAACUUGCAAGAUACUCUCAUUUGUGUGUACAGUCACAAUUAUAAUUUUUUUUAUUUUUCAUUUUUUUUAAACUGAACUCUUUGCCGUAGGACAUCUUGCCAAUAAUCACCAAACCUUUAAACUAAGAUUUUAUAAUCAAUCUUCUAAUUAUGUAAGCAUCGUUGAUUGAGAUAGCAUAACAUUAAUCACUGACUUUGUAUAACGUUUAAGAAGAAAAUACAUUUGUUACCCCUUGGCAAGAAUACGCUCGAUAUGCUCAUAUGAUAUAUAUAUAUAUAUAUAUAUAUAUAUAUAUAUAUAUAUAUAUAUAUAUGCAUAUAUAAUUUCAUACAUAUAAUUCUCUACACCAAUCACUCAGCUUUAAAUCAGUCUCCAGUAUGAUAUUCUGAGAGGAAUACAUUUAUUGACAAGUUUGGUCUGUUUUCGUUUGUAUUCACUAAAAGAUGAUGUGAAUUCCUUCGUUAAAGUAAUAUUGUUUUGAAUUUCUAUGAAGGGCAAAAGAUUUUUAAGAGUCUCAUAUAUGAAUAUUGAAUAUACGUAUAUAGACAUAUAUUUAUAUGUAUAUAUGUAUGUAUGUAUGUAUGUAUGUAUACUCAACUCAGAUAAAACAGUUUUUUGAAUAAAGAACUUUUUCUGAAAGACCAUCUGCUUAUAGCGAUAAUAAUGUUAAUGAUAAUGAUAAAAAAUACUUUUGUUUUUAACAUCAUUAAUAUUGUCGUUAUCAUUAUUAUUGUAUCCACCUCAUAACAUUUUCCACAGUUGUACUUAAAGAGCAGGGGAAAAAAUCUUCCGAGCCCUUGCGAAAGAAGACAAAACAUUCCCUGUUUAUAAUCUGACGAAGGAUUUGUAUCCUCCUGAAGCUCCGAACGCAAUGGUUCUGUACCAGUGACAAAAUAGUCAGUUGUAUUUAGGUUUAAUAUUACUCACAGGAAGGCUAUUUGUAAUAUAUAUCUGUAAAUUGUAUAAGUGAUAUAGUAUCUUAUUUUAUUACCAAACAUGAAUACAACACGCCAA